AUGUCUAGAGGAGGAAGUAAUAAUAAUGGCGGCGCAGGAAGGCCUCCUCUGAAGGUGGUGAUAAUCAGCACACAGUACGUGGAGACCGACGCCCGGAGUUUCAAAUCGGUGGUUCAGAGGCUAACCGGGAAAGACUCCACGGCGGCCGCCACAAAAAAUGAGCACCAUUACGGCGGAGUGGUGGCGGCGGCGGAGAGUAAUCCGCCUCUGUCCAGGGGCCUGUCGUUUAAGGAUUUCGAUAAGUUGUUUAAGGAGUUGCCUCCUGUUGAUGAGCUUUACCGAGCUAUAUACUGA